UUACGCGAAGGGUAUUUUUUUACCAAACUCUUCUCGCAUUAGUGAUGAUGAGUCAUGUAGAUUAGAGAAGAAGCAAAAGAUCUUAUCAAGGGUAUUUUAGUAAUUUUAAAAAUAUCCUUCCCUUUGGAGUUUUCAACAUCCAUCACAAUUCGCUGUUCUCCACUAUUCUGUUAAAGCUUCUUCCACCGCAACGAAUUUUCACGACGACGGAGAAGAAAAAGAAAGUCCUAUCUCUAUGUGUCUCAUGGCGUUAUCCGACGCGGUUCUCGGUAAUCUCGCGACGAUCUACGUGGCGGUGAUUAUCGCGAUUAAAGCCUACGGAUUAAUCACCGGGAGGAGUUUCAGCGCUGGAUUCGUCGUCGUCGUUUCGAUUACGGCGGUCGGUGUUUUGCUUGCGGUUACGCUUGCUUGGGAUGUGUCUCGUAGAGCAGCGGAUGCGGUUUCGCGGUACAAUCGCGUUGGUGGUGAGGAGGAUCUUAGCCACCACCGUCACCAUCACGACGGUGGUGCAAUUUGUAAAGGAGGGAUUUGCUGGCACGGCGUUGCUGUUCGGUCUCCGGCUUCACAGGUUCGAUUUAGGCUUCCACAACAUAUACCCUACGGUGCUUUCUAAGUAUAUAAUCUUGAAGUUUCCCUUUUUUGACUUUUUUUUUUUGUUUUCCCUUUGUUGAAAAAAAAAUGCAAGUGAAGUAGAUAACAUGUAUUUGGUAUAAAUUUCUCAUAAAUUUUCUGUAUAAUAGAUUUGAUGAGGAAUAGGGUAAUGGUGUUCUUCUUCUUGUAAGUUGGAAAGUUUCUUUGUAUUGAUAUGUUGUAAAAUUUGAUAGUGAUGAUGAUGAUUAUAGAUGUUCUUGUUUUCUUAAUAGAAUCGAUUUUGAAUUCAA